CAUACUUGUGCUGUCAUUUUACUUCGGCGUGCAUAGAGUGAAACUUCGACAUGUCCUUUAUCUUUCUUGAAAUAUUGGUACUUAGUUUAAUAGCAACAAAAGCUGAGUCAAAAGACAACUUUCGAGCCAAAGUAUAUACAGGGAAAGAAGUCAAAACAACGAAUUCAACUACCUUGGGAGUUUCUCUUAUACAAUGUCAAAACAUGUGUGUCUUGGCUAGAAGGAUGGGCACGAGCAACAUUUGCGGAUAUGACAAAGUGUCAAAAACAUGUUUCUAUAGUUUUGACACCGAAUAUGACGUCCUCAGUACUUCUGAAGUCACGAAGGUCGUGCUGAUACCUGUUGAAGAUGCCUGUCAGAGUUCAGAGUACCUAGUAAACGGAAUGGAGCCUGUGUCCGACGACCAGAUAACCGCCUCGUCAGUGUUUAAUGAGGCGCAUGACACAAACGGUUCCCGACUCCAUUCCGUGACGACUAGUUCACGUGUUGGUGCAUGGGUUGCUGGGACAGCCGACACAAAUCAGUACAUACAGGUGCAGUUCAAUUGCCCUAACCACGUGAUAGGUGUGGCUAUGCAAGGUCGACCAGGGCCAGACCCGAAUUCCUACGUCGGAGUUGGUUGUUGUUACCAACGUGUGACCGCGUACAAACUUCUCUACAGUGGUGACUGUGUUAACUAUCUCACGAUCAGGGACUCCAGUGGGUCGGAUGUGAUAUUGGACGGGAACACGGAUCAGGAAACGGUUGUUACAUCGAUGUUGCCAAGUCCGGUAACCGCUCUCUGUGUCAGAAUCAACCCAGUCACGUGGUUUGGUGGCUAUAUCAGCCUGAGGUUCGAUAUUCUCGGAUGUUCCAUGAAUGAGCAGUAGCACGUGAAAUAAAGCACGGAAUAUGGUGUAUGCAUGCCCACCGUUUGUAGCUGUAAUAUGCCCGUUAUUACAAUUAUGUUAUAAUAGAAUGUCGAAUAAUAUAAUGAUACAUGAAUUUACUUCUGUAUUUUGUUAAUUUAAGUGUCCGCUUUUUGAAUUAUUGCUUCGAGGAAAAAAAUAUGUUCAUUUUUUGUUCUUUUGUUUGCAUACGCUUUAUGAUUCAUUAUUUAUAUAUAAUAAAUAGUACAUGGUUAUAAAAUUGGAUGCCAUUUCCACAAUCGUCUGACUACUUCCAAACACUGAUAUGAAUGCCGAAGAGCUUGAACGCUUGGUGAUAUUUGACAUCGGGGAAAUUACUAGCUUGCAAUCCUGGUUAGCCAUUUAAUAAAUAGUACGAGUAAUUAAGUUCUGUAACUAUACGCCUUUUCGCAACAUUUUUGCUUAUUUUUGUUUGAGCCUUCCGCGCAGGAAAACAGUCAAAGGAUAAAUUUUUAGAGUUAAUUCAACGUGUGAUUUAGUAUGAGAGUGAGAGUCCGCCUCUAACCUUUGAAGUUGUGAGUUGGAUUCCCACCAGGACGAGAUUGCUCUAGUGGUAUGGAUGUUCGCCUCUUUCCCAAGAUGUUGCGAGUACGAUACACACCAGGGUGAAAUUGGUAAAGUUGUAUAGGUGUCUUUCACUCACCAAAGCUGUUACGAGUUCGAUCCCCACCAGGGUGGGAGUGCUCUAGUGGUAUUGUGUCUGUCACUCACCGAACGAGGUUGUGAGUUCGAUUCCCACCAGGGUGGGAGUGCUCUAGUGGUAUUGUGUCUGUCACUCACCGAACGAGGUUGUGAGUUCGAUCCCCACCCGGGUGAGAGUGGCCUGGUGGUAUUUUGUGUCUGUCACUCACCGAACGAGGUUGUGAGUUCGAUCCCCACCCUGGUAAGAGUGAUCUGGUGGUAUUUUGUGUCUGUCACUCAUUGAACGAGGUUGUGAGUUCGAUCCCCACCAGGGUGAGAGUGAUCUGGUGGUAUUGUGUCUGUCACUCACCUAAAGAGGUUGUGGGUUCGAUUCCCACCAGGGUGGGAGUGCUCUGGUGGUAUUGUGUCUGUCACUCAUCGAAAGAGGUUGUGGGUUCAAUUCCCACCAGGGUGAGAGUGGUCUAGUGGUAUAUGUGUCUGUUACUCAGCCAAAGAGGUUGUGAGUUCGAUUCUCACCAGGGUGAGUGUGCUCUAGUGGUAUUUUGUGUCUGUCACUCACACAAAGAGGUUGUGAGAUCGAUUCCCACCAGGGUGAGAGUGGUCUAGUGGUAUAGGUGUCUGUCACUCACACAAAGAGGUUGUGAGAUCGAUUCCCACCAGGGUGAGAGUGGUCUAGUGGUAUAGGUUCUGUUACUCACCCAAAGAGGUUGUGAGUUAGAGUUGCACGGGUCAGAGUGGUUUUGUAGUAUGCGUCAACGCUCUCACCAAAGAGGUUGUGGUUUUCACCUCCACCAAUAUUGUCUGCAAGGCCUCUCAAAACGGACACUAGGUCUUCUACCCAGGAAAUGGACACACACUUUAUUCAUAUAUGAGUUUAUAUGUUUUCUUUACAUAGCUUAUAACUAAUACUAAAGUUAAAAUAUUACGUACAUGCAUUUUAAGUUUCUAAUGUCAAUAUUUAUAAUCGUAUGUAGGGGUAACAAGUCGCGUGGCCGGCUGGUCGAGCGGGCUUAUGCUUUUCUGGCAAAGUCUUUUGAGUUUAUUAUUUUUAUCUGACCACUGUCAAACUCAUCUUCAUGUUAUGUGCCCUACAUUGAGAGCUGUUAUUUAAAUAAAUAUAAAUUUACCAAAAGUCAUUUAAAAACAUCCAGUAUAAAUGCAUCGGGCUAGGGUAACCAUCACUUCUGUUGAUUUACGUAGGAGAAAUACUCAAAAAGACAUUAUUGAUCAUGUUUGAACCUGUAAUCUAUUAUGUUUGUAUAUGAUAUAUAUAGUCGAAAUACUACUGUUUCCCUCCUAAAUUUUAUCGAAGUUUCAAAUGAUUUGUACCACACUCAGAAACUCUUAAGCUUUACGAAAUCGUUACAGAAUUUAUAUGCAUAUAUUUUGUAUCAAAGGUGUCGUCAUGCUUGUAUGCCGAAUAAAAUGUUGCUUUUUA